UUUUGCACGCGCCUUUCUUAUACCUCUCAUGUCGACGCGAAGACAUGGUGCUCCUUGCUUUUGUGCUCGUCGCUGUCGCUUCUCUGUUCGGCGCCUCAGCUGAGCCCAAUGAGGACGUCGUGCGUUUAGCUGGAGCGAACAACAUCCUCGGUAUUGGUCUACUGAAAGGUAUCCCAGCAACCGGCAACCAUGUUUUUCUUUCGCCGUACAGCAUCAGCACCGCCAUGGCUAUGGUCUACAAUGGUGCCGGAGGCGUCACAGAGCGAGAGCUUGCCAACGUUCUCGGUUACGAGGCGAGCGGACUACGUGGACGGGUUCCUGUGUUAUCAGCUUUGCUGCAUCUACUCCAGGACAGGAGCCAUCAAAGUCAGGGCAUCACAUUAGAAGUUGCAAACGCUGUCCUGACAGACAAGACGCAUCGCCUGCUGGAAAGCUACAAGCGAGAUCUCUACGAUGUAUUUCAAGCCAGAUACGGGGAAGUAGAUUUCUCGAAGGAAAACGCCCUGGUGGUUUCUCAAGUCAACCAGUGGGUAUCAACAAAGACACGUGGCAAGAUCGAGAACUUCCUCAGUGAGUUGCCCGAGGACACUGUUCUACUUAUCCUGAACGCGGUCUACUUUAAAGGAGAUUGGGCUAACAAGUUUCAGGCUGCAAGAACAAAGAAGCUUCCGUUUUACAACCAUGGUAAGACCGCAACGCCGGUCGACACCAUGUCUCGAGACGGGGAAUACCUGUACGCCAAUGACGAAGAAAUGAAUGUCAACGUCGUUGAACUCCCGUACAGAGAUGGUGACUUCAGCAUGGUCAUCUUUCUUCCGCACGAAAAGGAUGGACUGCGCAGAGUUCUGAUAAACCUUACGGCGAAUGCGUUGGACAAAGCUAUGAGUAAUUUACAAAGAAGAGAGGUCCACUUAAAGGUUCCCAAAUUCAAGCUCGAGUCUAAGUACAGUCUGGUUGCAGCGUUAAAGGGUCUUGGUGCCAAAUCGCUUUUCGGACAAUCCACGAACUUGACAGGCAUCAGUGGCACAGAGAGGCUGUACGUGUCUGACGUGCUGCACGAUGCAAUGGUAGAAGUCAAUGAAGAAGGCAGUGAGGCAGCGGGUGCCACCGGAGUUGUUUUCACACUAAAAUCAUCAUUCCAGCCAAGCUCUGUUGACAUGCACGUUGAUCAUCCGUUCUUGUUCUGCAUCCGUAAUAGGGUUACCAAACUGAUACUGUUUUUGGGUGUCGUUAAUAAGCUGUGACCGUUUGGCUGUGAUCACGAACUGUUAGGUUUCAGAGGAGCACUCUCUGUUUGUCUCACAACCCCACUAAAGCUUUUGCGAUAAGAGUGUACCUUGUGAAUAAUAAACCUUCCAAGCACGCA